AUGAAUAACUAUUGUAAUACAUGCAAUAAACAUAUUAAAUCAGCGGAAAAAAUUAAAUGUGCUUAUAGUAAUUGUUCAAAGCAGUAUCACUACAUAUGCGCAGGUGUGACAGCCGAUCUUAAGAAACAUAAUACAUGGAAAUGUUCGAGUUGCAAGGAAAAGUUAAUAAAAUUAAAAGAUACCACAGAGGCUUCUAUGAGCGGGUCGAUUGGAAACGACAUAAGUAAUUCUAUAACACUGAGACGCCAUCAAACAUCAGGCAUGUCGCAGCGGUCUAGGGAGCCUGGUGAGUCUUUUGAUCUACAAACUGAGAUUUUAGAAGCUAUUCGGAAUGAUUUACCUGGUAUUAUUAAGGGUUUUAUAUCGUGUGAGUUUACAAACUUAAAAGAGAGCCUAAACGAGAUCGAAAAAUCAAUAAAAUUUAUCUCGGCUCAAUACGAUGAUGCCUUGAAGACCAUAUCAUCGAUUAAAGAAGAAGUAAGCGGCUUAAAGAAAGAGAAUGCCUCACUGCGCAAUAAUUUGAAGGAGUUACAAGGUACUGUAAACUCACUAGAACACGACUUAAAUAAGCAUGAACAAUGGGCACGAUUACAGAACCUUGAAAUUCUAGGAAUUCCUGAAAGUAAGAAUGAGUGCUUACCAGAACUAGUACAAGAAAUAGCUCUAAAGUCAGGCGUAAAUAUUAGUGACGGCGAGUUUGAAUUCGUUCAUCGUGUACAGCCAAGGAAAUCAUCAAGCGGGAAACCUCGCCCCAUAGUAGUUCGUUUUAAGUCUCGACAAAAGAAAGACUCAUUCUUAUCGUCUGUGCGUAAGUGUAAGAACUCCACCAGUGACCUUGGAAUACCCGAAUCUUGGCUUUGUGAUGGUAUUCUGGACUCGGAGCUUUGUCACUCAAGGUAUGAUGUGUUUCGCCAUGAUCGUGGCGAUGACAGAAGAGGCGGAGGAAUAUUAAUAUUGUGUUCUAACGUGUUGAAUGCGCGACAUCGCCCUGAGUGGACUCAAGAUGACCUUGAAUGUCUAUGGUUAACUAUUGACCGCAAAACCUUAAAAUGUAUGUAUAACAUCCACUUGGCAACUAUUUAUAUACCCCCCGAUGGAAUGUUACCUUCGCGUAUUAAUAUAUUUACAGAUAUGUUAAAGAAUGUCGUUUUUAGUAAUCCGGGCGACGUGUUUAUAAUUCUUGGAGAUUUUAAUCUUCCAUGCAUACGCUGGACUUCUGAAGGGCCAGUUAUAUUAAAAAAGGGUACAAUUGAAGUUCAGGACUGUGCCGUUAAUUUAUUAAAUAUAGCUAAUUUUUUAGGUUUGAAACAAUAUAACUCAGAGCUGAACUCUAGCGGUAACACACUUGAUCUUAUUUUUUGUAAUUUUGAGGUCGAGGUCACUAGGUCUUUAAAUAUUAUGGUCGCGGAGGAUGAAUAUCAUCCCACUUUAUCUAUUGACAUUACAGAUGUAAUAGUUCCCUUACUUAAUCCUAAAGUAAAGUAUAAAUAUUUAUACAACAUGGCGGAUUAUGAAAUUAUACGUGAAAAUUUAAGAUCUUUUGAUUGGUCAUUCAUAUUAAGUAUAGCAUCAUUAGAUGAAGCUUUGGCUAAAUUUUAUGAAAUUCUUUAUGAUUUAAUCGAUAAAUAUGUACCUAAAGUAGUUAUACAUGAUAAAAAUAUAUAUCCUAUAUGGUACAACAGGUCUUUAAUUCAUAUUAUUAAUGAUAAACGUAAAGCACACGCUGACUGGAAAAAAUAUGGUAACAUUAUUGAUUAUGAAAUAUUUUCACUUUUAAGGAGACGUUUUAAAAUCUUAGAAAAUGAACUAUUUCAAAAGUACAUACAAAAUACCGAAAAUCUUAUCAAAAUUAAUCCUAAACAUUUAAAUAAUUAUAUUAAAGAUAAACGUAAAAUUAAAUGCAAUUACCCUAGCGCUUUGGUUUAUCAAAAUAAUAUUCAUUGUAGUGAAGAUGAUAUAUGCAGAGCUUUUGCAAGUUACUUUGAAUGUAUGUUUCAGCUACCACUAAGUCAAUAUCCGUUGUGGAGCUUGGACUCUUCAGAAUCAUCAGAAAUUACGUCGAGCUUAAGUGUUGAUACUGAGAUGGUGCGUACCUUACCAGCU